CAAAAUAUGUGACGUCAUGUUAUCCCCACUUGAUUAUGCAGAGGGAUAUCACGUGAUCAGGUUUCUGCCAAAACUAAGCGUCGUAUAUGUCAUAUUGUAUACAAUAAAACAUUGAAUGUUAAGUUUUUUGUAUCUUGUCUAUAGUACAAAAAAUUUAUUUUGUAGCAUAAAUUUUUUUUGUACAGAUAAAUAUAAUUUACGAAUACAUGUAUGAAGAAUUAUAAAAAAAGAUCAAAUCUCUAUAAGCAAUAUUUAUUAUUGAUUUAAAGAUGAAUGAAAGCGAGUCUAUUUAUGGAACUACAUUAUCCCAAGAAUCAAUAAAGGUAAUUGCAGAAAGUAUAGGUGUUGGAAAUUUCCCAGAUGAAGCAGCAAAAGAUCUAGCCGAAGAUGUAAGUUAUAGACUUAAGGAAAUUAUUCAGGAUGCUGCUAAGUUUAUGAGACAUGGAAAACGUCAACGAAUGACAACACAUGAUAUAGAUCAUGCUUUGAAAAUAAAAAAUAUUGAACCUACAUAUGGAUUUUUUGCCAAAGAUCAUAUACCAUUUCGUUUUGCCUCUGGUGGUGGUCGUGAAUUACAUUUUGUAGAAGAAAAAGAAAUUGAUCUUAAUGAAGUUAUAUCAAUGUCUGGUGGACAAACAUGGCCUAAAUUGCCCUUAGAAAUUACAUUACGUGCUCAUUGGCUUUGUAUAGAUGGUGUUCAACCUACGAUACCAGAAAAUCCACCUCCUGUUUCUAAAGAUGUUCAGAAACUAGAAAGUGUUGAUCCAACAAGUAAACUUACAAACAAAAGUCAAAACAUUGGUGUUGGAAAACCAGGUGGAGGUGGUAAAAGUCAGAAAUUACGCAAUGUAGAAACAGUUCAUGUUAAACAAUUGGCCACUCAUGAAUUGAGUGUUGAACAACAAUUAUAUUAUAAGGAAAUUACUGAAGCUUGUGUUGGAUCUGAUGAAGCACGUAGAGCAGAAGCAUUGCAAUCCCUUUCAGCUGAUCCUGGUUUACAUGAAAUGUUAGCACGAAUGUGUACAUUUAUUGCAGAAGGUGUGCGUGUUAAUGUAGUACAAAAUAAUCUUGCUCUUCUAAUUUAUUUAAUGAGAAUGGUUAAAGCUCUCUUGGAUAAUCCAAGUCUUUAUUUAGAAAAAUAUUUACAUGAAUUAAUACCAUCUAUUGCGACAUGUAUUGUUUCGCGUCAAUUAUGUAUGAGACCAGAAGUGGAUAAUCAUUGGGCUCUUCGAGAUUUUGCAUCACGUCUUAUGGCUCAAAUUUGUAAAAAUUUUAAUACCUCUACCAAUAAUGUACAAACCAGAGUAACUAGAAUGUUUAGUCAAGCUUUGGCAAAAAAUAGUCAGACCCCAUUGGCAUCACUUUAUGGAGCAAUUGAGGGAUUAUGUGAAUUAGGGCCAGAAGUGAUUAAAGCAUUAGUUAUUCCUAAAAUUAAAUCUAUUUCAGAACGUAUUGAAUCAUGUAUCGAAGGGCCUACUUUAUCAAGUGUGGAUAAAAAUGGAGCAGGUCAUAUAAAAACUCUACUUGUGAAAUCGGUGGCUCCUGUCUUAAAAACAAUACGAUCUCCUCCAGAUUAUGUAGAGGAUUACAAACAAGAUUAUGGUUAUAUAGGUCCUGCAUUGUGUGCAGCCGUUGCAAAAGCUCGUACGCAACCAGCUACAUUAGCAACAACCGCAUCUACAACUACAGCUUUAACAGCAAAUCAACAAGGUCCUACAUGUACUGGAAAAACUAUUGUACAAGCUGUAACAAAUUCUAGUCCUGGACAACAAGCUGGACGCACAAUUAUGCUUGGUACAAGUAGAACUGCUGGUGGAACUACCACAGCUGGAGGACAAAAAUUCGUUAUUUUACAAUCUCGAUCUCAAACACCAACAGCUACAAAUAUUAAUAGCAAUGCAAUACAACAACAAUCUCAGCAACAACAACAGCAACAAUCGCAACAACAAGUUAAAAUAGCCCAAACUAAUGUCAGUCAACAAAAAUCUCAUAUACAAAGUAAUACACCAAAAUUAGUAGUUGUUUGUAUGUCUAGUGGUAGUCAUAGUACUACUACAGUAACUCAGGGAAAUAUAACAACAAAAGCUCAAAAUGUUUUUGUAACCCAACAGAACAUCGAAUGCUCAUUAAAUCCAGAAGAAGAACAUUCUUUUCAAUAAUAAAAAAAAUUUAAUUUACAACAUUCAAAUUUUUAAUAACAUGUACAAAAAUAAAUUUUUAAUGUUAAUAUACUUUAUAACAAAAAAUAAAGAUUUUUUAUGAACC